AGGUGGAUGAAGUCGCUGCUGGUAUUAUUGUUUCUGAUAACACCAUUAUAUUAUGUUCGUGCCCAUCCCAUCGAAGCCGAACAUGGUGGUGACCACCACGACGAUAAUCAUAUAUCUACGGAAAGUGGAGAAGAGCAUGCCGAAAUUUUUGAAAAGAAGGAAGUCGCUGAGGAUGCCGCCGAGGCGGAUACAGACACUGAUCCUGUAGAAAACGAAGUUGUUGAAGAAGGUGAAGAAGCACAUGAAGAGGGCGAGAUAUGCGAGGACGAGGCCUUGAAAGAAAAUGAGGAAAAAGACGAUGGCGAGGGGGAAACUGAAACUCAUGUCGAAGAGACAACAGUGGUGACGACAGCUACGUCAACUAUUUCAGAAGCAGAACAUAAAGUAGAGAAGAGGGCCGCAAAAACCGGUCAUGGCCACAGACUCUCAGAUAAACAUCAAAUACAAACAAGAGACAAACGGUCAGCUGACGAAGAUUCUGAGGAUGCGGACGAAGAGCUGAAUAGGCGUCGGCGCUCAACAGAAAGUGAUGAAGAGGAAGAAGAUAAGUCUCUUCUUGAACAUGGUGAAUAUCAUGGUCAUGCCGAGAGAAAACGUCGUGACACUAGCGGCAGCGAGGAAGAAGAAGGUCACAAUCUACUCAAGAGACAUAUUGGCCACCACAUCCUUGCACACGAGCACAACAAGAUUGGAGACCUAGACGCUGUACAUCAUGUGCAUCGAGACGAAGACGCAUCUGAAUUACCACAUUUUGCAUCCGAAGCUGUAGAGCAUGUAGAUUCAGUAGCCGUUCGAGUAAAGCGAGUAUCCCGUGCUGGCAGUAGCCAUAAACCUCGGGUAAUGCAUAAAAACAAGGGCAAUAGUCGUGCAGGCCAAAACGAAACCGGAAUCGAAGACGAACAAAAUAUCACUGGCAUUUAG